AUGGCCGACACUUUGCGGUACACCGAGCACGCCUAUGGGACGGACAACUUCCUCCAGACUCUCGGAAUCUGGGAGUUCCCGGACGAUGCUUGUUCUCCAGUAGCAGCAACAGCGGCCGCAGACAGUACGGAUGAGGGCGACAAAUACUGGUUCAUAUACAUCCACGGUGGCGCCUGGCGCGACCCUCUUUGCCUGACUCUGCCAACGAUCAACCGCCUCCUGUCGCUGGACUCUCCCAUCCCCCAGUCCCGCAUUGCCGGCUUCGCCACCAUCAACUACCGCCUCUCUUCCCACCCAGACUUCCCCCAGGACCCGGAGCGCGUCCCCGCAUACGAUCUGCGCCAUGCCCAUCAUCCAGACCACAUCCAUGACGUGCGCGCCGCCCUCGCCUACCUGCGCCGCCUGGACGUCGGCGUCGACAGCGGCACCUACGUGCUGACCGGCCACUCGUGCGGCGCCGCCCUCGCCUUCCAGGUGCUCAUGGGCAACGACGCACUGCGCACCACCACCACCACCGCCGCCACCACCUCUCCAUCCUCGGCGCCAGGCCGCCAGCAGCCCGACGACGGCGUCCCCCUGCCCGCGGCUAUCGUCGGCGUCGAGGGGCUCUACGACCUGGACGGCAUCAACGAGCGGUGCGGCGGCGCCCUGCAGUCCAUCUCGGAGGGCGCGUACGGGCCGGACAAGGCCCUGUGGCGUGCUCUUGCGCCGGGCCUCUGGCGCGGCUACCGCGAGGCCUUUGGCGACGUGGUCAGGCUGGCCGUGGUGGCCCAGUCGCCCGACGACGAGCUGGUGGACAUGGGCGAGUGCGACACCAUGGAGCGGGCCCUGCGCGAGAGCGGCGUGCGCACCCUCGCCUUCCGCGAUCUGAGGGGCAAGCACGACGAGGUCAGGGAGGACGGGCGUCACAUCGCGCGGGUGCUGGGGAAGACUUUGGAGGAGCUGGACCGGCUUCAGAAGUAA